GUCUGCGUCAUCACUGUGCGUGUCAACCAGCAGCAUCAGUUUGAAUUUGCUCAAGACCGAAGUUAUAUUUAUUCACCAUCUCUCCCUAUAAAGCUCUGCCAUGUGCGAGGGACCGUCUAUGAUCUCGGGACCCAUCCCUCCGGACCCCACGCUGUUCCCCCAGUACUACAGACGACCGUCCUCUGCGAGAGGUCGUCUGGAGGGAAACGCUGUCCGUGCAUCCUCGACGUUGCUGUUUGGUCUGUCGACUCCAGACCCUGUGAUGCAUCCAGGUUCCUACAGUGCCCGAACCACACGGCCACAGCCCCGCAUCAAACCCAACGCGGCACACAUCCUGGAGCGGGGACAGAGAGGGGUUGUAGGUUCCCUUCUCACCUUGGAGGGUGUCCCCAUUGCCCCACAGCCUAAACAGAAGUCUGCAGUGCGUGACUUUGGCAAGGAGAAUGUGCGGCGGCUGCGCGAGAUCCAGAAGAGGUGUCGGGAGCAGGAGGCUGAGAAGGAGCGAACGCGACCCGUCCCCGUCAAGGCCCUCUGGACCUCCCCCAAGUACCAGGACGUCCAAGCCAGAGUCAUGACCCAGCUCCAGGAGACGACCCCGCCUAAGAAGCCGGAGUGUCAGAACUUCCUGAGGGCUCACUCUGCUGGGGGGUCAGGAAGACGCCCGCUGCCCCGCCCAGCCUCCACUACUGCCCUGCCCACCACUGCUACCCCUGUCGACUCAGAGUUGCUGGUGAGGGGCCGCACGGUGGACUUUGUGAGCCACAACGCGCGGGCAGCGUCAAAGACGGUCAUCAGGCGCUCUCAGUCCCUCACAAACCUGAGGAUCCCACCCAGCGCUGAGAAGGGAAAAGUGCCACAAUAUCUAUUGGAGAGGAAGAAGCAGUGGAGGAAGGAAGAGGAGGAGAAGAAGAAGAAUACUCCCGAUCCCUCCAUCCCAGCCGGACACACACAGAUGCCAGAGAAAGACAGACAGCAGACACUGCACUCGCUUAAACAGAGUCACAGGGAGCUGGUGAGCGAGCUGCUGUCUCUGCCGGUGCGGGCCGACAGCCUGGGCGUCCGCUCCCGGCGCACCGAGCUAGACCGACGCCUCUCCGAGCUGGAGGAAGCCAUCAAAAUCUUCUCCCGAGACAAGGUCUACGUCAAGAUAGACUCCUAGCCAGCCAGCCCCCCCCAGAGCCCAGCUGCCUGCUGCCACCGGCCCCGCUACGCUCUGUAGCGGUGACAUUGCUCCGCAUGGACAGACGCCCCUGACGAGGCAGCAGUCUACAUACUGGGCACUGGGCAGAGGAACUGCUUUGACACUGAGGGGACCUGACAGGCUUGGAUUUGCAGUUGCGAGAGACUGACUGAGCCUUUGCACUGGACUGAAGUUUUGGCGCAUAGCAGAAAUAGUUUUGCCUCGGGGUGGUUCAUUGCGUAGAUAAAUGUCCUGCAAAUGUUGUCACAUUGCUGCAACUGAACUAAGAGACGGGAAGAGAACAGCGCUGGAACAUUAUUGUGGAACAUCAACACAUUUGGAUGAGACACAUCAGAGGCAUAGAACAGAAAGCUUGCACAGGUACAUCUGUGUGCCAUUUUGCACUCUGCUUGCAUUGCAAGCACGGUUUUACGGAAAACGGGGGAAAAAAAACCCUUUCUCCUAUUUAUGUUCCUUUAGAGUUGUGUAAUGGAACUAGUUGUACCUUGACUUUUGCUUGGCUUGACUAGCACAAAAUGUUUCCGGUAUAAUCACUAUCAGUUUUUUUUUCUCCUGGUCAUUUCUGAAGGGAAUUGGUUCGCUUUUGUAAUGAUUACAUGCUGAAAUAAUAAUGACUACUGAUUGAUUAUUAGUGUAUGACUACUAUUUGGCUAAUUAUCAGUGUGAAGUUACCUCCGACUAAGCUGCUGAAUGUUUUUUAAGCUGUACUACUGCUUAACACAUAACUAGAAGGAACUGAUAAACUCAUGGACCGUCACCUACGCUUUGAUCUUAAUAACCUUGUGAAGAAAUGUAUUCAUCAUCACUAUGCAAUGCCUUCUGAAGAACUCGCCACUUGUAAUGCAACUGGUUUCCUACUACAGCUACAGUUGUUUUUGUAAAGUUCAUUCAUCUCUGACCAUAUGCUUCUGUAAGCAUAAUAUGAAUUGUUGUUUGUAUUUUAGUAUAUUUUGUUGCAGA